AUGGAAGCUGAAACUAAAGUGGUCUAUAGCCAUGAUGUCAAGGGUAACUUUGUGCGAUUACCGAUUGAAUUGGUUGAUGCUGUUGAGGCGGCGAACAUCCAGGUGCAGGAUGUUAAGGUAAAACUGCAUGGCAGCGAGCUGUUGACUCUUGGGUGGGAUGGUUUCGAAACUACUACUAAUGGUACUGUUGAGAUCAAUGCUUCGCUGGCGAAGCUGUACUCGCUGAAGCCGGGCCAGAUCAUAACUACUAGCAUAGCCAAGUUUACUGAUGAAGAUGUCGCCAUUGAAGUGCACUUGGAGCCAAAUUCAUCCUAUGACUGGGAUAUAAUUGAAGGGAAUAGUCGGUUGAUUCAGGACAGUAUUCUCUUCCAGACUCGUGCAGUGACUCUACAGAAACCAUUCAUAUGCUACCUCGAUAGUAUGAUAGCUACAUUCAAAGUCACAAGGAUAGUACCUGAAAAUGUAAAGACAGUUAAACUAACAGAUGGUACAUUGGUAGUUGUGGCACCUAAAUUAAACACAAAAUCAAAACAGAAACUAAAGAAUAGUGUGCCCGAAAAAUGCAAGAGGUUGGUUAAAAGUCGAUUAUGUGAACAACAGGAGAACCUAGAGGGACUCACAGUGAUAAUUCGAGGUGAACCUGAGAAGGAGAGUGAGUACGGCUGUAUAUCAGUUAAAAGAAAGUUACACGUCAAGAAUAAAGACCCGUACUUGAGACAAAUCCCAGUAAGAGUUUGUUAUAGCGAUUUGGUUGCUCAAGAACAUGUACUGAUAGCGCCUUUAGUGUGGCAAUGCCUUGCAUUAACUGCUGCCAACAACGAGCUAUUUGAAUUGUGGAUAAAUACCAUUAAUGUUCAAGUAGCAUCCAGUCCUGAAGAUAUUACUUUGAUAUUUAGACCUUUUGGCUCUAAUCAACAUCACCAUACCUCGGAGAGUAAGAAGAAAUCGGAGAUAUCACAACUACUGGACCAAUUAAAGGGCUCAUUAAUCGCUACAGACUUGGUGUUAACUAAGCAACAAUGUGUACUUGAGAUCAAAUCAAAUAACGGUGAAAAAGUGCCUGUUGUGGAUCUCAAGGACUUGAGCCACCCUUUAGAGAAGUUUUUAUAUUUGAAUUCUGAGCCUAAGGAUAUAUCCUUGCCUCCGGAUGUGCUCCAUUUUUCGCAGUUACAUGAUUUUGGAGAUAUUAACGUUGAGCCUAUCCAAUCUGUGUUAGAGGUACUAGAGGAGCAGUUGCUCGCGCCUCUGAAUCCCGCACCUGCAUUCUUAGUAGAAGGGGAAUCUGGAAUGGGCAAGACAAUGCUUUUCAAGUACUUGCAACGCCGUCUCGCCACACAGAACCAACUGAAUGUCAUGUAUAUAGAUUGUAAUGAUUUACUCAAGUAUUCGUCGUUUGAGAAGUUACGCAGGUUUUGGGGUGGCAUUAUUAGCAGCUGCUAUUGGACGCAACCGGCGGUGAUACUGAUGGACAAUGCGGAUUCUGUGUUUCCCACCACCAAGAGCGAUGACGCACAGCAACAGGCACAAAUGCAAAGUCCACAUAGCCUUGGCAAUGUGGCGAGACAAACGCUUGUGUACCUAGUGGAGACGCUAACCCACAUGAACACAAAGUCGCGAGGGUGUGUCCGAGUUGUGCUGGGUGCCGCUAAGAAAUACUCUCUGGACGCCAUGUUCUUCGACACCCACUUUGUCUGUGAAACAUAUUCACUAAAGGCACCAAACCGGGACCAAAGGGCGAUGUAUUUACAAGGAUUCUGUGGUACACAUGGUGAGGGCAAUACCAGCGCCUAUGGACUAUGCUUGGAUUCUAGGUUAGACUGGGCCGACAUUGCUGCCGAGACCGAAGGGUUCUCAGUUCGUGACCUAAAGAUGUUCAGCGAGAUGCUGUACUACAGGACGGUCAUGGCACAGCGAUUGUCACAGGAUGGCUCUGGCCUGGUAGACCAAGUGGUGCUCGAUUCGUGUGUCAAAGACUUCACGCCGUCGUCGCUAAGAGGUGUGCAAUUGACGAAGGGCACCGGGGUUCGCUGGGACAGCAUCGGUGCGUUACAAGAGGCCAAGCAGAUCUUGCUGGAGACGUUAGAGUGGCCCACGCGGUACGCGCCCGUGUUUGCGAAGUGCCCCUUGAGGCUACGGUCGGGGUUACUACUGUACGGGUACCCGGGCUGCGGUAAGACGCUACUAGCGGGUGCUGUGGCACACCAGUGUGGUCUAAACUUCAUCUCUGUGAAGGGGCCUGAGAUCCUGGACAAGUACAUUGGUGCGAGCGAGCAGAACGUCCGUGAGCUGUUUGAGCGUGCGCAGAGCGUGCGCCCUUGCGUACUGUUCUUUGACGAGUUCGAUGCCAUAGCACCCAAGCGUGGCCACGACUCCACUGGUGUCACUGACCGUGUGGUGAACCAGCUGCUUACGCAAAUGGACGGUGCGGAGGGCCUCGAGGGUGUGUACGUGCUGGCGGCGACCAGCCGCCCUGACCUGAUCGAUGCAGCGCUGCUGAGACCCGGCAGACUGGACCGCAGUGUGCUCUGCGACAUGCCCGAUGAGUCAGCGAGGUUGGACAUCCUGCGCGCGAUCACACGGGAACAGCCCGGCGGGGCCACGCAGCUCCGCGUAGCCGCUGACGUUGACCUCGCAGAGAUUGCACGCGGCACCCGGGGCUUCUCGGGUGCCGACCUGCAAUCGCUGUGCUACAAUGCGUACUUAAAGGCUGUGCAGAGGCAGCUCGCACAUGUGAGCACCACGCCUACAGCGGAGCAGAAGGCCACAGACCACAUGGAAUACGUUGUGCUCCCUGGGAAUGACACCACGAUCACUGCAGAUCAGAUCCGUAAGAUUGUCGCGGGCAGAAAGGGGUACGAGGCCGUGAGUGACUAUCCCAAUGGGACCAGUGGAAGCAGUGAAAAUAGCGCACAGAACCCUGAUAUCCAGGCGGCUGAUUUGCAAGAGGCACUGCAAGAGACAAAACCGAGCGUGUCCGCUACGGAAUUAGCACGGCUCCGCACUGUGUACGCGAAUUUCGCGAGCGACCGCACGGGCGAGAUGCCUGCCCCACACACCGACCCCGCUGACAUCGGCACGAAACUCUCGCUUAUGUAG